AUGCUGUCGCGAAGGCAAGCCUCGGGAUUCGCGCGGUUACUGGCGUCGUCAGCGCUGCGUGUGUUCCCGCUCGUGGAUGGUCAUGGGACCUCCGCUGUCAGCAGCAGCGCUGGCGAUCUGUCUCCAUCCAUCGCCAGCCGCACUGCGACGUCACUCGCGGUUCGCAGCAGCGUCGCCGCGCGCGGCCCUGGCGGUCGCUCGUCCGUCAGUGGCAUGGUUGCGACUGUGUUUGGCGCCACGGGCUUUCUGGGGAGAUACGUGGUGCAGCAGUUAGCCCGCUCGGGUUCCCAGGUGAUGGUGCCCUAUCGCUGCCUGGAGGACGACCACAGGCACCUCAAGCUGUGCGGGGACCUGGGGCAGGUGGUGCCCAUGCCGUUUGACGUUAGGAGCGAUGAGAGCAUUGCUGCGGCUAUUGCCAAGUCGAAUGUUGUCAUCAACCUCAUUGGCCGUGACUUUGAGACGCGCAACUUCAGCUUCGAGGACAUCAACAUCUCUGCACCGCAGCGCAUUGCCAGGCGCGAGGACAUCAACACCUCAGUGCCUCAGCGCGAGGACAUCAACACCUCAGUGCCUCAGCGCGAGGACAUCAACACCUCAGUGCCUCAGCGCGAGGACAUCAACACCUCAGUGCCUCAGCGCGAGGACAUCAACACCUCAGUGCCUCAGCGCGAGGACAUCAACACCUCAGUGCCUCAGCGCAUUGCCAGGGUGAGACAAGAUGACGCUCCUUCCCCUUCUUUCAAACCAACCCCCAUUCCUCUGCCAGAUCGCCAGGGAGCAUGGGGGCAUCGCACGCCUGCUCUGCUGCACCUUCCCUGCCUGGGCACUGCCCCCCGCACUCUCAUACCUCCACUCAACUUACCACCCUUUCCCGCUUUCCAUGUGCACUUUUUUUCCUCUUUCCCCCUACACCUUCAUCAGAUCGCCAGGGAGCAUGGGGGAAUCACACGCCUGGUGCACCUCUCCUGCCUGGGCUCCGCCCCCCGCACUCCAAUUCUUCCACUCUUCUCGCUCUUUCCCUCUUUCCCUCUUUCCCCUCUACUCCUUUCACAGAUCGCCAGGGAGCAUGGCGGCAUUGCAAGGAUGAUCCCCAGGGAGCAUGGCGGCAUUGCAAGGAUGAUCGCCAGGGAGCAUGGCGGCAUUGCAAGGAUGAUCGCCAGGGAGCAUGGCGGCAUUGCAAGGAUGAUCGCCAGGGAGCAUGGCGGCAUUGCAAGGAUGAUCGCCAGGGAGCAUGGCGGCAUUGCAAGGAUGAUCGCCAGGGAGCAUGGCGGCAUUGCAAGGAUGAUCGCCAGGGAGCAUGGCGGCAUUGCAAGGAUGAUCGCCAGGGAGCAUGGCGGCAUUGCAAGGAUGAUCGCCAGGGAGCAUGGCGGCAUUGCAAGGAUGAUCGCCAGGGAGCAUGGCGGCAUUGCAAGGAUGAUCGCCAGGGAGCAUGGCGGCAUUGCAAGGAUGAUCGCCAGGGAGCAUGGCGGCAUUGCAAGGAUGAUCGCCAGGGAGCAUGGCGGCAUUGCAAGGAUGAUCGCCAGGGAGCAUGGCGGCAUUGCAAGGAUGAUCGCCAGGGAGCAUGGCGGCAUUGCAAGGAUGAUCGCCAGGGAGCAUGGCGGCAUUGCAAGGAUGAUCGCCAGGGAGCAUGGCGGCAUUGCAAGGAUGAUCGCCAGGGAGCAUGGCGGCAUUGCAAGGAUGAUCGCCAGGGAGCAUGGCGGCAUUGCAAGGAUGGUCCACCUCUCCUGCCCGGGCGCUGCUCCCCUCACUCUUAUUCCUCCACUCAUUUCCCCCUUCCCGCAUUCUCUUUUUUGUCAGAUCGCCAGGGAGCAUGGCGGCAUUGCAAGGAUGAUCGCCAGGGAGCAUGGCGGCAUUGCAAGGAUGGUCCACCUCUCCUGCCCGGGCGCUGCUCCCCUCACUCUUAUUCCUCCACUCAUUUCCCCCUUCCCGCAUUCUCUUUUUUGUCAGAUCGCCAGGGAGCAUGGCGGCAUUGCAAGGAUGAUCGCCAGGGAGCAUGGCGGCAUUGCAAGGAUGGUCCACCUCUCCUGCCCGGGCGCUGCUCCCCUCACUCUUAUUCCUCCACUCAUUUCCCCCUUCCCGCAUUCUCUUUUUUGUCAGAUCGCCAGGGAGCAUGGCGGCAUUGCAAGGAUGAUCGCCAGGGAGCAUGGCGGCAUUGCAAGGAUGGUCCACCUCUCCUGCCCGGGCGCUGCUCCCCUCACUCUUAUUCCUCCACUCAUUUCCCCCUUCCCGCAUUCUCUUUUUUGUCAGAUCGCCAGGGAGCAUGGCGGCAUUGCAAGGAUGAUCGCCAGGGAGCAUGGCGGCAUUGCAAGGAUGGUCCACCUCUCCUGCCCGGGCGCUGCUCCCCUCACUCUUAUUCCUCCACUCAUUUCCCCCUUCCCGCAUUCUCUUUUUUGUCAGAUCGCCAGGGAGCAUGGCGGCAUUGCAAGGAUGAUCGCCAGGGAGCAUGGCGGCAUUGCAAGGAUGAUCGCCAGGGAGCAUGGCGGCAUUGCAAGGAUGGUCCACCUCUCCUGCCUGGGCGCUGCCCCCCACGCGCCCUCCAAGCAGCACCAGACCAAGGCGCUGGGGGAGGCAGCAGUAUUGUCGGAAUUCCCACAGGUGAGUGGUGUGAGGGCUUUUCAGGCACUGGGGGAGGCAGCUGUGCUGGCGGAGUUCCCACAGGCACGGAGGACCGCCUGCUCAACAGCUGGGCUGGGCGCUCAAGGGGAAAAAGCUCGUACCCUCUUCUGCUCCUCCCUUCACUCCACUCGUGUUUCCUCUGUGCACCCUUACCACCAGGCCACCAUCCUGCGGACUGGUCCCUUGGCAGGCACGGAGGACCGCCUGCUCAACAGCUGGGCGCUCAUGGCCAAGAAGUUCCCGUUUGUCCCCGUUAUAGCAGGCGGCAAGACUCUCAUUCAGCCGGUAUACGUGUUGGACGUGGCAACAGCAGUCAAUGCCACUGUGACUGACGACGGCAGCAGCUGCGGGCAAACGUACGAGCUGGGUGGGCCAGAAGUGCUGCAAAUCAGGGACCUGGUGAACCGUGUCUUGGAAACCAUUCGCCAGCACUCCUCCAUUCUCAGCGUCCCUCUUCCUGUCGCCCGGGCCCUCGCCACCCCACGGGAGUUUCUCCUCCACCGCGUGCCAACGCCCAUCCCCAGCCCCACCAUGUUCACGCUCGACUACAUCAACUCCCUCUCCUUCCCCCACAUUGUCUCGCCCAACGCGCUCACGUUCAAGGACCUUGGGAUCAUCCCGCACCCGCUCACGGGCCUCACAAUUGACUACCUCUUUGCUUAUCGCAGCGGCGGGCCGCAGUACGGCCAGACUGUCGGCGAGAAGGUGUCUGGCGCUGGCGUCUGGUCACUGAACCCAAAUACUUCGCUCACGUUCAAGGACCUUGGGAUCAUCCCGCACCCGCUCACGGGCCUCACAAUUGACUACCUCUUUGCUUAUCGCAGCGGCGGCCCGCAGUACGGCCAGACUGUCGGCGAGAAGGACCUUGGGAUCAUCCCGCACCCGCUCACGGGCCUCACAAUUGACUACCUCUUUGCUUAUCGCAGCGGCGGGCCGCAGUACGGCCAGACUGUCGGCGAGAAGGUGUCUGGCGCAGGCUUCUAG